CAUGAUACACGAUAAGAUAAGCAGCUCGGGCACGCGUCGUGAUCAAUUCGCAGCUUGUAAUUUGCAAGGUCUGAAAAUUGGGAAACUAUUCACCACAAGUUUUCUCUCUCAUAUUCAUACAUGAAAAAAAAGACGUGUAUUUAGGUACAUGCCUUUCUUGGGAAACGGAUAAAAUCGGGCCAGUCAGGCAUUUUGAGGAUUGACUCCCAUUCGACUUCCGCGCGGCACAGGGCUACCCGAACUAUGUACUACAUAGGUGGAGCUGUCAAAUCUGGGGUUCCCAAUAGAUUAACAAGUAUAAAAGGGCUCGCAUGAGUCCCAUCUCGUCACGGUCUGCUGUAACCUCUCAAGAACUCGCCAGUCUCUUAAAUCAGCCUUAUACCGCCAAACUUCCUCACUCUGACCACCUGCAAUGUCGCUCACUCUCACAGUCAUUAUCGAUGAGGACCAAGUCCAAGUCAUGAAGGAACAGGGCUUCAACCUCUUCCUUGCGAAGCUGGUUCAGGAUCAAGACAAAGCCAACGUGAUUUGGAAGAGUAAAUCAGCGUUCUAUUAUUCCAACAAGUUCCAAUGGGAACCAGUCUUUUCUAUCUCUGGGUCAGAAUCUGUGGAGCCAGGCGCCCUCGUCUCAGCUUCCACGAAGGUGAAACCCAUCGGGUACGGCCAGUCGAUCGAGAUUGACAAGGACGGCAACAUCACCGACCCCUCGGGCCCUGUCACUCCAGGCAAGGCGUUCAGGCUCACCAACAAAGACACCAAAAACAACACCGCAACCGUUUAUGCCGCGGACCAGACCAAGCCAAGAGCUGACCUGGCCCCCUUCUUCGUCAGCAAAGGUCUUGAAGAAGACUUCAACUCUGUCGAUAUCUUGCCGAUCGAGACCGUGGUGCUUUGGUUUGGACAGGCUCAGGAAGCCGGUACGAUCAUUGCAGGCUAUUCUGGCCCCAGUUGUAAGGUUUUUUAUGGCAAUGGAGACAGCAAGCGCACCGUUGAGUGGACGAAGGACGGCACUUGGGAGCAGGUUGAUUGAUCGCGCAGAGUCCGUACUUACAGUACGCCUGUAUAUCCAUAUGAUAGCUUUCGUCGCCCCUUGACUCCGAAUCGACCCUUGAAGCUUGAAGCUUGACCACUUCUACGCGGCC